AUGGAGUUCUCCCCACCAAAGUACACCGCCUACGGCGCAACGAAUGGCGGUGAGGACGCCAGCGCGUCCUCCCCGCUUCUUGGCGAGUCGUCCGCCUCCCCCCAGAAGAAGAAGGGCAUGGCAGGCAUCGGUGCCGACGACUUUGCCGCGGCCGCGCUCGCCGCGCAGGCCGGCAGCAGCCGCAAUGCCUGGAUGGACCAGCCCGCCGAGGACGACCUGCCGGACGACUUCAAGAUCGGCGUUGUUGUUGCUGAUUGUGACGAGGCUAUUCGCCGCGCAUUCCUCCGCAAGGUCUACGCUAUCCUCCUUUGCCAGCUCGGCCUCACUGCUGUCGUUUCCGGCGCUCUCAUGUUCCCCGGUCCCGCAGCGUUUGUGCAGGACAACCCGUGGAUUAUCCUUGUCUCGGUAAUCUGCUCCUUUAUCUCUCUCUUCGGUGUCUACUGGAAGCGCCACAACUACCCGGCCAACAUGCUCGUCUUGACCGCCUUCACGUUCUUUGAGAGCAUCAUGAUCGGCACGACGUGUUCGUUCUACGACGCUAAGGUUGUUCUUCAAGCCCUCUUGAUUACUACAGGCGUGUUCGUCGGCCUCACGCUCUUCACGUUCCAGACCAAGCUUGACUUCUCGUCGUUCGGUCCCUUCCUCUUUGCUGGCGUCAUGGGUCUGAUCACCGCUGGCGUCGUCGGCAUCUUCCUGCCGUUCGGCAAGACCACAGACCUCGUCAUUGCGUGCAUCGGCGUGCUCAUCUUCUCCGGCUUUGUGCUGUACGACACGCAAAACAUCAUGAAGCGUCUCAGCGUAGACGAGGCCAUCCUCGGUGCGCUAAAUCUUUACCUCGAUUUCCUCAACCUCUUCCUCUACAUCCUGCGCAUUCUUAACAACACCAGCGAUGACUAA